UGGGGAAGAUGGUGGACCUGGCGACAGCAGCGUGCUCCAAACUCUGUCCAAAACAUUUCGAGAAAUAUUUACCAUCUCAACCUGGCGUUAGAUAUAGAUUACCCGGGGACAAUCACAGAUAAUACAUAGAGGAAACCGACAAACAGUGGGAGCUAUCCCGCUCUGGACAGUUCUUUUUUCCGGAGAAAGCAGAGUUACAAAACGUGGUUGUUGGUUCUCGUCGCGGACGCUAAGCGACGUGUCAGCACCGGAGUGAAAAAGGCUGUUAAAUAAGCGGAUUUGAAGGAGGCUAACCGCCGCUGCUACCUCAGCUAGCUUUGUUGUGACCCGGAGGAUCUGCUCGACAUGCCGCGGAGUAAAAAGGGGAAACGUGGCUCCAGUAAGCCGGGCUCUCUGCGUCAGGAGGUUCUCCAGCUGCAGCUUACAACUAAAGGAUCAUUGAAAGGUGUGAAAAAUGGGAUGAAGGGAGAGUCUGCUGCCAGUGAUGAAGAGCUGACAUCUGAUAUUCUCAGCCACUAUAGUAGUGCCAGUGAAACUGCUUCUGUGCUGGAAGAGGGCACAGGGGGUGAGCAGGUGGAUGAGCAAACGGUACAAGAGGAAACGGAAGACAAACUCAAGCAGUGUAUAGACAACCUGAUGGACAGAAGUGCAAAGACUCGUCUAGCAGCCCUGGAGUCACUGCAGCAAGCGUUCUCCUCCAGGGUUUUGUAUGACUUCCUGACAGGCCAGCGUCUCACUGUGUGCGACUGCCUGGAACGAAGUCUUAAAAAAGGAGGUGGAGCAGAGCAGGCAGCGGCCGCCACCGUUUUCACCCUCCUGUGUAUCCAGCUGGGAGGUGGGGAUGAGGCUGAGGAGGGUUUUAAGUCUCUUUGUCCUGUUCUCACCUCCAUCCUGAAUGACAAUAGUGCCAAUAUAGCAGCUCGUCAAAGUUGUGCUAUGACCUUGGGGAUGUGCUGCUACGUCUCCACUGCUGAAGGAGGAGAGGACUUGGUGAAGAUAUUGGCUCUUCUGGAGAGUGUUUUCACAUCUUCCUACCCUAACAGAGAAGGAACGCUGCCUUCACCCAAGCCUGGUAUGCCAGGCCUCCACACAGCCGCCCUGCAGGCCUGGUCGCUGUUGGUCACCCUCUGUCCUGCUUCCAAACUCACUGAGCUGCUGGAGCUGCACCUUCCGAAGCUGCAAGCCUGUCUUCAGAGCAGUGACGUCAACUACAGAAUUGCAGUGGGGGAGACGAUUGCUCUGCUGGUGGAGUUAGGGCGAGAUAUAGACGAGGAGUUUGAGGUGGAGGACAGUGAAGGUCUGUGCGAAUGUCUGAAGAGUUUAGCCACAGAUGGCAACAAACACAGAGCCAAAAACGACAGAAGGAAACAGCGCUCCAUCUUCAGAGAAGUGCUACAUUACAUAGAGAAUGAGGAUUUCACAGAGGAGAGGAUUAGAUUUGGGAUGGAAAGCGUUUACAUCGAUGGCUGGAUGAGGAAAAGAAUCUAUGAUGCCUUCAAGGAGAUCCUAGAAUCUGGAGUUAGACACCAUCUACAGUACAACCAGCUACUCCGAGACAUCUUCGGCCUUGGACCCCCCCUCAUAUUAGAUGCUGCUACUAUCAAAGGCAACAAGAUCUCACGGGUAGAGAAGCAUUUAUUCAACUCAGCUGCCUUCAAAGCCCGGACCAAACUGAGGAAUAAAGUCAGGGACAAACGCGCUGACGUCAUGUGAGGGACGGACCAGAAUGGACUGAAGGGAGCGGACGAGACACCAAGAUGCCUUCAGAUCUUCACCUUUCAGACACAAAAACACUCAGUUUCUUCCACUUGUGCUCUUUAUCUGCUCUACUAAGAGCUUAGUCUGCCAUUAAGUCUUUUUGCCUGACCAGUUGAGUGGUUUUAAUAAAAAAAAUGUUUUGAUGCUUUUUUUUUUUUAUUAAUAAGGAGCAGAACCGGGUUGAAAUCUGAACUUGUCUAAUAAAGAAACGGAUUCUGUACAAAAAAGAGGCAAGAAAAAUGUUCCGCUGGAUCUCUUUAAUGUAUCGGACGUUCGAGUCCUCGUUUAUCCCCCUGAAAGUCCCAUGUCUCUCACCCAGAGUGGCUUCUUCAGCAGCCAAAAUACUUUUACAAACAAUGCAACCUUUGGGAAAAAUGUGUGUGGUGUUUGCGUGCGUGCGUGUUUUAUCUGACAUUAAUUUAACCAUGAAAUAAAACACUUAUCAUAGGAAUCCAGAAGAUGCCUGAUUAAAAAGCAGAAAUCAAAACAUUAAUGUUGUCAUUUCUGUAUUGUUUUUGCUUUUGGAUCGGGAAUUAGUUUUACCCUUUUUCUGGUGAACAAUUGUAUUUUACUGUUUAAUUUAUUACGAGUGUAAUAAGUGUUUAUUAAGAAACUUGAAAUUACAAAACUGUUUACAGACACAAUUAUGGUUAAAGAUGAGAUGACGUUUUUAGAAAUUUUCUUGCCGAAGAAUUUUUAACGAGGAUUGAAAUAUUUACAUGUAUUACAGAUAUACAGAGCACAUGAAUCUAUGUGUUUGUGAGAUGAAUUAAAAGAAACAUUUUAACCUCUAAAGAACAGUAAAUGCAUCCAGAGCUGCUGAUUAACAAGUCUGCCUAUACUAUUCAUAACGGAUGGUAAAGUUCACAGUAAAAAUUCAUCUUACUGUUUAAACUAUUUUGUUUUAGUUAAACUCACGGCCAUUAAAUGGUUAACAAAGGAUCAAAAAUGCCAGUUUUUACCAGACUGUUUUAUUGGACCAUAUAUAUAUAUAUAAAUAAAAAAAUAAAUAACUUUAUCACUUCUGUCAGUGUGCCCCAGGGCAGAUGUGGCUACAAUGUAGCUCACCACUGUCAAUGUAUGAAUGGGUGGAUGACUGAAUGUAGUGUGAAGCGCUUUGGGGUCUCUGGGGACUUGAUAAAGCGCUAUACAAGUGCAGGCCAUUUACCAUAUUAAGAAGUAAUAAAAUCAUUGGGGACACCGAU